AUGUCAAACGAAGGAUCUUCAACGGAUCAACAGACGGAAUUGAUGCAGAAGAUGCGUGAAGAGUUUCUACACCAGUUUGACGUACUUCGUCAGGCAAACGAAGCAAGCGUGGCUCAGAUCGCCUUGCUUCAACAGCAGAAUAACACUCUGCAAACGGCGAUGGCUCAGUUGGUACCACCGCCACCAUCGAAUGAGGUUCAGCAACAAUGGAGGGCAAGAUCCGAGGCAGCGGCUUCAGACAACGUCCCUCGUCGCACACAGGAUGAGCAAGUCGAAUCCAGCCAUAAGCUCACGGUGUGGUCCAAUGGAAUCCCAGAUGGUGCAGGUGUCCAGGAUGCCUUUGACGAGAAAAGACUCCUGAAGAUUCAGACGCUUGCUGAGAUGGCUAGAGAACACAAAAAUUCCUUGGUCAAAACUCCUUUCACUGACAAUGUGUAUCUGGUUGAGAGGCCCAAGAAAUUUACCAUGCCUUCUUUCACCCAGUUUGAUGAAACGGGGGAUCCUUCUCGGCACCUAGAUCAUUACGCUCAAAAGAUGGCUUUGGAUGAUCGUAAUGACCCUUGGAUGUGCAGAGUUUUUCCUACCAGCUUGAUAGGAGCAGCACUAGAGUGGUUCAGGAAUAGACCGCAUAAGUCCAUCCCGGAUUACGUAACUCUGUGCACUAUGUUCCUGGCACAGUAUUGGGGAAAUAAGAUGCAAAAGAAGAGCAUUGCCAGCCUUUUCACCGUAAGGCAAAAGAAGGAGGAAACAUUGCAGGAUUUCUUAUCAAGAUUCAAUAUGGAAGCCUCAGAAAUAGCAGAUUGUUAUCCCACGACUGCUAUAGAGACAUUUAAACUUGCGAUGAUUCAGGGGACAAAGUUCCACACUUCCUUGGUCAAAUAUUCUCCUCCCGACAUGCAGACUCUCAAUGCCAGGGCCCAGAUCUACAUUCGGCUCGAAGAAAAUAUAGCCCACCGAGCGCAGCACGCCACCCUCGUAACGGUGUAG